GCUGGGAUUACAGGCGUGAGCCACUGCGACCGGCCAAGUCUGCUUUUUCAGUUGUUCGCCAGAAGACUGAAAAUAAUAGUAUAUUUAUGGGACGGCCACACCUCCACUUCAGUUAAACAGCCAGGUUCAACGGAAGAGUUAAAAAUGAAUUAAAUGACCAGAAACUAGGCCAUGUGCAAAUCGUCAUAAAUUCCUGAAUUUAGAUAACUCCCAGAAAAGUUCUAAUUAAACAGAAAAAACCUUUGUCAAUAUUUUAUGUUUUUUAUUUCUGCAAUAUAAUAGCAUUCAAUCUCAGUUUGUAUAACCAUAUAUUAUGUAGUUGAAGUAUUAAACACUGACCUUUGUAAAAAUCUUGGUCUAAUGUAAUUUAAUCAAGAUUUGAAAGGUUUCCGCAGAUCAAUUUCUUCCUAGCUUAUCCCUGGCCUUUAAGUCUCAUGUGAAAUUUGUAUUUUCUGAUUCUUGCUGCAUUUUGUAAGAAGCAGGCAGUGGGGUGGUAAGUCUUCAAGUUUAAGUUUUAUUUACUACAGAAAAAUCUGUUAUAAUGCAUUUUUUAAACUGUAUUUAAGUCAUACUCUACAGAAUAUAACAAUUCAUAAAAGCUUAUAUGUUGUACAACAGUGUGAAUGUAUUUAACAUUACUGAACCAUAUGCUUAAUACUGGUUAAGAUAGUAAAUUUUAUGUUAUGUAUAUUUUACCCUUAUUAAAAAUAUCUUAUUGUAGACUUAUUCAUCAGCACUCAUGGAAUAAAGGGAGUUCUCCUCAUUUUAAUGACGUGCUAUGAUUUUAGUUUAAUUGAACAGUGUUGUUUGGGAGGUUCCUCCAGUUAUCUGACCCUAAGGGUUACUGAAUGGCUCAAAACACAUCAAGAUAAGGCAAAAAACAAAACAAAACAAAAAAAACAAAAAAAAAACAAAAGGCCCGAACAAACCCCAUCCUCACCCAGCAAAGAAAAACCACCACCACUCAAAAGCCAGGUUCUGGCCAGGCACUGAUGACAAAUUCAAAUCAAUAUGAUAUUGAUGGAAAAUUUUCAAAGUAAUUGACCACUCAGUUUGAAUUUCUUAAAAAAUGUUUGUUUUCCAUGAUUAAUUUAUAAUUAUAUAAGGUGUUUAAGAAUUAAGAUUUGAAAUAGCUGGGAAGAUAAAAGAAAGGAUAAUUUAUUAAGCAGAAAUUACACUCUGGAACUGCAUUUUUAAAAUGGAUAAGAAAUGAAAGAUGGGACAGAUUCAAAACUUACUGCUGCUCAACAUCUGUUUUUGGCUUAGUUCUGUAAAGGCCUGCGGUAAUUUCUGCCAUUCUUUAAAUGCAAAUAUACUAGGGGAGAAUUACAGCACCUAUUCAGAAUAGAUUGUUGGGAGUGGGUAAGAGUUAAAUGCCUUUCUCCAGGGAUAACGUAACACACUCAGAGGCUUGGCCUGAGUCAUGUUUACUGAAGCAUCGAGUGGGUUACAUCCUUUCCCUACGGCGGACCAGUGCAAGUUUCCUGCCUGCUCGGCACAGGAGAGCAAACUUCUACAGACAGACCAAGGCUUCCAUUUGCUGCUGACACAUGGAACUGAGGUGAAAUUGUGCUCCAUGAUUGUAUACAUUUCAUAACGUUCAAGAGACGAGACUCAGGUCAUCAAAAUGAAAGCCCUCAACUUUGCAGCUGCUGGCCUCCUGCUUCUGUUGCCCACUUUUUGUCAGAGCGGCAUGGAAAAUGAUACAAACAACUUGGCAAAGCCAACCUUACAUAUUAAGACCUUUCGUGGAGCUCCCCCAGAUUCUUUUGAAGAGUUCCCCUUUUCUGCCUUAGAAGGCUGGACAGGAGCCACCAUUACUGUAAAAAUUAAGUGCCCUGAGGAAAGUGCUUCACAUCUCCAUGUGAAAAAUGCUACCAUGGGGUACCUGACCAGCUCCUUAAGUACGAAACUGAUACCUGCCAUCUACCUCCUGGUGUUUGUAGUUGGUGUCCCGGCCAACGCCGUAACCCUGUGGAUGCUUUUCUUCAGGACCAGAUCCAUCUGUACGACCGUAUUCUACACCAACCUGGCCAUUGCAGAUUUUCUUUUUUGUGUUACAUUGCCCUUUAAGAUAGCUUACCAUCUCAAUGGGAACAACUGGGUAUUUGGAGAGGUCCUGUGCCGGGCUACCACAGUCAUCUUCUAUGGCAACAUGUACUGCUCCAUUCUGCUCCUUGCCUGCAUCAGCAUCAAUCGCUACCUGGCCAUCGUCCAUCCUUUCACCUACCGGGGCCUGCCCAAGCACACCUAUGCCUUGGUAACAUGUGGACUGGUGUGGGCAACAGUUUUCUUAUAUAUGCUGCCAUUUUUCAUCCUGAAGCAGGAAUAUUAUCUUGUUCAGCCAGACAUCACCACCUGCCAUGAUGUUCACGACACAUGCGAGUCCUCGUCUCCCUUCCAACUCUACUACUUCAUCUCCUUGGCAUUCUUUGGAUUCUUAAUUCCAUUUGUGCUUAUCAUCUACUGCUACACUGCCAUCAUCCGGACACUUAGUGCAUAUGAUCAUAGAUGGUUGUGGUAUGUUAAGGCGAGUCUCCUCAUCCUUGUGAUUUUUACCAUUUGCUUUGCUCCAAGCAAUAUUAUACUUAUUAUUCACCAUGCUAACUACUACUACAACAACACUGAUGGCUUAUAUUUUAUAUAUCUCAUAGCUUUGUGCCUGGGCAGCCUUAAUAGUUGCUUAGACCCAUUCCUUUAUUUUCUCAUGUCAAAAAUCAGAAAUCACUCUACUGCUUACCUUACAAAAUAAAUAGUGAAAUCAUCUUAGAGAACAAGGACAGCCAUCACAGAGAACGUCUGUUUUCACGGACAACACAUGCAUAGUGCAAGGAGCUCCAUUUCUGAGCUCCUAAGAAAUAUGCUUCAAAGGUCAAACAUUACAAAAGCAUUAGUUUUUUUUUUUGAGACUGAGUCUCACUUUAUCACCCAGACAGGCAUGCAGUGGUGCUAUCUUGGCUCACUGCAACCUCCGCCUCCCAGGUCAGCCUCCCAAGUAGCUGGGAUUACACCACCACUGCCCAGUUAAUUUUUGUAUUUUUAGUAGAGAUGGGGUUUCACCAUGUUGGCCAGGCUGGUCUUGAACUCCUGACCUCAAGUGAUCCGCCUGCCUUGGCCUCCCAAAGUGCUAGGAUUACAGGCGUGAGCCACUGAGCCAGUCAGCAUUAGUAAUUUUUAAAAAUACUUUAUCAGUAUUUAAAAAACGUUAAUGCAGGAGAAAAGAUAUCACAAUUCUUUAUGGAAAAUGACAUUUCCAUUUGCCUUAUUGCUACUUCAAGCUCUUUAAAUUGCCAUCUUCCCUGUUUCUGUGAGUGGUAUUGCCAUCCUUGACAUUUGACAUCAUUUCUUAUUCUUUGGUCUCUUUUGACUCUCAUGCUGGUGGCUGCCUCAUCAACUGAUCCUAUCUUUGUAGGGUCCCUCACCAGGAUUCUUUAUUUAGUUUCACCUUUGCCUUCUUUUUUCUUUUCUUUAAUAGAGACGGGGUCUUGCUUCGUCAUCUGGCUGAAGCGCA